CGCGUUAUCCGACCCCUCUCCCUCCUCUCGUCGCCUCUCCACCCGUCUUCAUUGCGCCUCCACCUCAAAUUAUCCCAAACCCAACUCUCCCCUCCUCUCCUUUCUUUAUUCCUUGCCUUCAAUUCGAAAUAGAUGGAGAUAGACUACGCGAGAGGAGGAGGAGGGAGAUGGAGGGUGUCGUCAAGAUAGCAGGGUUGAUUCGAUUCGCGCCCCAUUAAAAUUGGACCAGAAAGAGCCGACGGUGAUGAGAUCUCCGGUGUUGUUGUGCUGCUCUCCCUUCUUGCGAGGGUAAUAGAAGAUGCCAUCGACCUACUUGCCGAAGCACAAAGGGUUGCAGACCUCGUCCGAACUCCUGCGCAGCCGCGGACGGAGCUUCUUGUUCGGGAACACCUGCUUCGUCCUCUCCGAGCCCUUCUCCGCCCUCGGCUCCGGCUUCCAUCUCCUCUCGAGGCCGUCCUCCAGCGAUUGCGACCGUCGUGCCACUCAAUCCGGCAUCGGGACGCUCCUUAGGAGCGUCAAUAACCAGCUUUCGCAGCCGGCGCAGAGGUUUCCGUUUCGGUGGAGCAUAAUGUCCGCCAGCAGCGCUUUCUUGCGAGGGUCCGAUUCCUUCGCCAGGCACCUGGCGAAGGAUAACGCCAGAUCUGGGAAUGGUCUGAACGGUGUGAUGCGGGUCGAUAUUGGUUAUAGCUACAAGGGCCUUGACCACUGCAGGCGAGCGAGUGGGAGCUUGAAAAAUCGGGAACCUUGGGGUACUAAUAUGAUCUACAAGUGUUUCUGGUCUAAUGCAUAUGGGUUGAAUUGGAGAUCGAAAUCCUUGGUGGAUCCGGGGAGUCAAGAUUAUCGGACAUCAUGUACGGCACCUUACUCUGCAGGGGUGGCUCCUGAUGUAUCCUUUGAUGCAGCCAUGCAUGAGGAGCAGCUUCAGACUCCUGAUCUCAACUCUGAACAAAAAAUUCUAGGUGACAAGUUCUUAAAGCUGCUCUCUGGAUCUUGUUAUCUACCACACCCUAAAAAGGAGGAAACUGGAGGAGAGGAUGCUCAUUUUAUUUGUGUUAAUGAGCAAGUCAUUGGUGUGGCAGAUGGUGUUGGUGGUUGGGCUGAUCUUGGUAUUGAUGCAGGACAGUAUGCCAGAGAACUUAUGUCUAAUUCAGUAAACGCGAUUCAAGAAGAGCCAAAAGGCAGUGUCGAUCCUGCAAGGGUUCUUGAUAAAGCCUACUCAAUAACUAAAGCCAGGGGAUCUUCGACAGCAUGCAUCAUUGCACUCACUGACCAGGGCAUUCAUGCAAUCAAUCUAGGAGAUAGUGGCUUCAUAGUUGUGAGAGAUGGGUGCACGAUCAUUAGGUCACCUGUACAACAGCAUGAUUUCAAUUUCACUUAUCAGCUUGAGAGUGGUAAUGGCAGUGAUCUCCCCAGUGCUGCACAGGUGUUUACCUUUCUUGUUGCAUCUGGUGAUGUCAUCAUUGCUGGAACGGAUGGACUGUUUGAUAACUUGUACAAUAAUGAAAUUACGGCUGUUGUCGUCCAUGCCACAAGAGCUGGCCUGGGGCCUCAGGUAACAGCUCAGAAGAUAGCUGCACUUGCACGACAGCGAGCACUGGAUAAAAACCGGCAAACUCCUUUUUCAACUGCUGCCCAAGAUGCUGGAUAUCGAUACUAUGGAGGCAAACUUGAUGACAUUACUGUUGUCGUCUCCCACGUCACUGCAUCUGAUGCUUAAUGGGAACACUCAUCUCACAGAUUUUACAGCUCCUGGUUCUGGAAACUACUAUGGAUAUCUGCAUAAUUUCUUGUUGCUGUAUCAAAGUUUAGAUAUGAGAAAAUUGAAUGCUUUAAUCGAUAAUUUUUUGUCCUUUUUAGUUUAGGUUCUAUCUAUCAGUUCUUCAGAGCAAAUGGGUGACUCAACCUGUAGUUAGAGCAAUAAGAUAACUUACAAAGAUUUAUCCGGGAGUGUUUUGAGUUAUCCAAGACCGUCACACUGUUACCAUGAUUCAUAUUAUGGUAUCUAAUAUGGAUUUUGUUGGUUCCUGAUUGUGAGGUAUAUAUAGGAAACGAAAGAAGGUUUUGUUUCACUUCUGAAGACUGGAUAAAUGAAGACAUCAAGCAAUCAUUCCUCGACGUCGGGUAUCAGUAGUGCAUGCUUGACUGAACCACACGAAUGGAUUAGCUCAUUAGCCAGUUCAGGUAAUAUGCUGCUGCAGAUAAGAGUUGUCAGUUUGCUGAGUGCACAAGUUGCAAGUAAAAUAUGGCUUUCCGUCUUUUUUUAUAAAAUUUCUUUCCUUUAAGGAAUCAAUUGGAUGAUGAAGACUUGUUUAUACUCAAAUGUUUCAUCUAAACAGCCUUCGUUGAUAUUAUUGAUUAAAGGAAUUAUGCGGUUUGUUUUGGAAA